GCUACCAUGUGAAGAACCAAUCCGAGGUCAGAGUUGAACGUAGCAACACCAAUCAGCGUCGAGGGCCGGUCUGACCGCGGAGCUAGUGGUCUGGCUGUUCGCUGGAAGCGCUGUAGCGGGACAGGGACAUCCUCCAGCCCGCGCAGCCGCUGCACGCGCCGCCGGACGGCCCGGCCUUCAUGGAAGUCCCGCUCGUUUCCAGCCCGCGCGGAUAAACGCUGCGAAGUGGCGCCGCAGAGGAAGCGGAUCCCCUCUGAGCGGCACCCGUGAGCGACGCUGCCCGCGAUGCCAUCCCCGAUGGAGGGCUCCUCCAGAGAAGGUGACCUGUUCACCGUCAAGCACGAGCUGAGGAACGCAAACCUGACGGGUCACGUGGAGCGGGUCGGCAUGGAGAACUUUGAGCUGCUGAAGGUUCUGGGUACCGGAGCGUACGGGAAGGUGUUCCUGGUCAGGAAGGUGAGCGGCCACGACGCCGGGAAGCUGUACGCCAUGAAGGUGCUGAAGAAGGCCACCAUCGUGCAGAAGGCCAAGACGGCCGAGCACACGCGCACGGAGCGCCAGGUGCUGGAGCACAUCCGCCAGUCCCCCUUCCUGGUGACCCUGCACUACGCCUUCCAGACCGACACCAAGCUGCACCUCAUCCUGGAUUACGUGAACGGGGGCGAGCUCUUCACUCACUUGGUGCAGAGGGUUCGCUUCAAGGAGCAGGAGGUGGCGCUGUACAGCGGCGAGAUCGUCUUGGCUCUGGAGCAUCUCCACGCGCUCGGCAUCGUGUACCGGGACCUGAAGCUGGAGAACAUUCUUCUGGACUCCAACGGCCACAUCGUCCUGACAGACUUCGGUCUCAGCAAAGAGUUCGAUCAGGCUGAGCGGGCCUUCUCCGUCUGUGGAACCAUCGAGUACAUGGCUCCAGAAAUCGUUGAAGGAGGACAGUCGGGACACGAUAAGGCGGUGGACUGGUGGAGUCUGGGGGUUCUGAUGUACGAGCUUCUGACGGGGGGGUCCCCCUACACGGUGGACGGAGACGAGAACUCGCACGCGGACAUCGCCAGGAGGAUCCUCAAGAGGGACCCCCCCUUCCCCAAAGACAUGGAUCCUUCCGCCAAAGACCUGAUCCAGCGGCUCCUCACCAAAGACCCAAAGAAGAGGCUCGGUUCUGGUCCGAACGGGGCGGAAAACAUCAAGCAGCAUCCCUUUUACCAGAAGAUCAUCUGGGAGGAGCUGGCGGCGAAGAGAGUCCCCGCCCCGUUCAAGCCCGUCAUCCGGGACGAGCUGGACGUCAGCAACUUCGCCGACGAGUUCACGGAGAUGGACCCCACCUACUCCCCCGCGGCGCUGCCCCAGAACUGCGACCGCAUCUUCCAGGGUUACUCCUUCAUGGCUCCCUCCAUCCUCUUCAAGAGGAACGUGGUGAUGGACGACCCGGUCCAGCUGUGUGGGGGCUCGGAGCGGCCCGGCUCUGCGGCGGUGGCCCGCAGCACCAUGAUGAAGGACUCGCCGUUCUACCUGAACUACGACAUGGACCUGAAGGACAGCGCUCUGGGGGAGGGCAGCUUCUCCAUCUGCCGCCGCUGCACCCACAAGAAGACGGGGCAGAAGUACGCCGUCAAGAUCGUCAGCAAGAGGAUGGAGGCUCAGACUCAGCGGGAAAUCGCCGCUCUGAAGCUCUGUGACGGACAUCCCAACAUCGUCAAGCUGCACGAAAUCUACCACGACCAGCUCCACACCUUCCUGGUCCUGGAGCUGCUGGGAGGAGGAGAGCUGCUGGAGCGGAUCCGCCGGAAGCAGCACUUCAGUGAGACCGAGGCCAGCCGCAUCAUGCGCCGGCUGGUGUCCGCCGUCAGCCACAUGCACGACGUGGGCGUGGUGCACCGGGACCUGAAGCCAGAGAACCUGCUCUUCACAGAUGAGAGUGAGAACUCGGAGAUAAAAAUCAUAGACUUUGGCUUUGCUCGUCUCAAACCACCAGACAACCAGCUGCUGAAGACCCCCUGCUUCACGCUGCAGUACGCCGCUCCCGAGAUUCUCAAGUACGACGGCUACGACGAGUCCUGCGACCUGUGGAGUCUGGGGGUCAUUCUGUACACCAUGCUGUCCGGUCAGGUUCCCUUCCAGUGUCCAGAGCCCAGCCUGACCCACACCAGCGCCGAGGAGCUGAUGAAGAAGAUCAAGAAGGGAGACUUUUCCUUUGAGGGGGAGGCGUGGAGGAGCGUGUCCCAGCACGCCAAAGACCUCAUUCAAGAGCUGCUGACCGUGGAUCCCAGCAAGCGGAUCAAGAUGUGCGGCCUGCGCUACAACGCGUGGCUGCAGGACGACAGCCAGCUGUCCUCCAACCCGCUCAUGACGCCGGACAUCCUGGGCUCCUCCACCGCCACCGUGCACACCUGCGUCAAGGCCACCUUCAACGCCUUCAACAAGUGCAAGCGGGAAGGUUUCCGCCUCCAGACGGUGGACAAGGCGCCGCUCGCCAAGCGAAGGAAAAUGAAGAAGACGAGCACGAGCACGGAGACGCGCAGCAGCUCCAGCGAGAGCACGCACUCGUCCUCCUCCUCCUCCCAGUCGCAGGAGAAGACUUCUCCGGAGGAGGCCAACCCCCACAGCACGCCGGUCAGCACGCCCGUCACCGCCGCAACGGACUCCGAGGAAACGCCAGAACCCCCCGCCUUCCACUUCUCACAGGGACAGUGAGGCGGAGGGGCGGAGCCUCCCUCCUGGGCGGAGCCUCCUCGAUCAUUUCACGCCGAGCAUGCGGCGGGGCGGUCCGUCCUCAGCAAUAGUUCGCCUCUCCUCUGACUUUGACGCACAUGUGACCCGCUGAGGGGCGGAGCUUCACCAAGCAGCCCGCCGGGUCAGCCCCCUCCCCCGUCUGGAGGGGAGGAGCCUCUGAACGGCCGCCAUUUAUUUUUACAAGGAUUUUCCAAACCAAACUUUAUUUAUAAAAGAUUUAUUAAUUUAUUUCUGUUUCACAGCUUUGAUGGAAACAGAGUUCUAAACAUGACGGCGUCUUUUAGUUUGUUCCAAACGUGGAUUAAGAUUAUUAAUCUGAGAUUUUCACUGGAAGAUUCUCAGAUUAUCAGAGAAUAAUCUGAUCUGAGGAAGAUCUGCUGAAGGAAUCUGUGGUUAGAUUCCUCUGUGUAAGCCCCGCCCCCUGCUGUGCUGCCUCUUUAAAGCAGGUUUAGGUUGUGUCUGAACUACUAAAACUAUCCAGCGUCCCGGAUUUUGAAGGUCAUUCAGACGCCAUCCUCUCCACGGCGGACAUGACGUCGUCGAAUAAACGAAUCAAAACCAACAUUUAACGUUUAUUUAAGACUCCACUGAUCUGAUGGGGAAAUGGGUUUAUUCAGAAAUUACAUUUGAAUACAUUUUUUUGUUCAAAAUUGUUUGACCGCAAUGCAUUGUGGUCUAUAUUCGCUAAUCCGGUGAGCAUUGGUGCACGCUAGUUUUUGGCAAAGACUUCUGGGAGAUCUGGAGUGGACUCGAUUCUGGAUUAAACUACAAACGGAGAUCCACUGUAGAGAUCAGGGAUUCAGACACGACCUUAAUGUGUACGAACACGUUAUUCUGCAACGCUGCCCCCUGCUGGUGACCUCUGUGAAGUGGCUGCGUUAGCUUAGCUCUGCUGACGUUCAGGGGUGGGGGGGGCGGGUUUGUCCCACAGGAACGUCCAGCAGAUCAUCUGAAAACUUCUUUAGUUUUUUGUCUCUCCUAAAUAACUUUGAUCAUCAAAGGAAAAUAAUCUGAGGAUUUAAUCUGGGACAAACCCGAACCUUCAUCGGACCCCCCCCCACCCCCCCACCCCCCUUCAUGAUUGAUCACUGAUUAGAUAUCUGUCUCACAUCUACAUUCUAGAAACUGCAGCAGAAGAAGUUCCAGAGCAGAAAGUUCCUUCAGGUUUAGAUCCUCAGGGAUCCUCAUAGAUCCUCAUAGAUCCUCAUAGAUACUCAGAGAUCCAUCAUCCUGAUGGAGGAAAGUGUGAACUGAUGAGAACCUUCACAGGAACCCAAAAGAGUGCUAGAACUGGAGGAGGACUCAUCCAGGAGGUCAUGAAGGGUCAGAGGUCACUGGACUCUCCAGUUUCUCCCCGUUUGGUUGAUUUCUGCUCAGAGACUCGGUCUGGAUCCACUACCUGCUGUAGGAUCUGGAGUCCUUUUGUCCUCAGAGGAGCAGCGGCGGUCGGCCUGACGACGACAAAGCCCUCGUCUUCCUGCGCCGCCGCCGCCGCCUCCCGCCACCUCAUUAAGCCUCGCUCCUUUGUUUGGUGUAUUAAUAGCUGAAGUGGAGGAAGAGGAAGAGUGUCCUAAAUUGAGCUCUCCUCUGGGAGCCAGCCUCCAUUAGCCGCUCUGGAGGGAGAGGGGGAGGCGGCUCCUCCGUCCCUGCAGGGCCCGGCUCCGAGCGUCACCGGGAUUUGGACCCGCGUCCCUCCAGGAUUUCAUGACGAGCAGCUCGACCUCUGAAGGAGGAGAGAUGGAGGGAGGAGCUCCUGCGUCCUCCCUUCUUCCCCCUGAAACCCACUUCAGAUCAUGUGACUUGAAUCGGAUCAGAACCAUCAGAAACGUGGAGUCAGGUGGAGCUGUCCGCGGUGCUGCAGUUCUGAACCAGCCCACACUGUGGUGGACCCAAUAACUCAGACCAGAAACUGUUAAAGCUACUGUAAAUGUUGGUGGUUCUGAGGGUCCGUAUUGUCCAAUAAAACCCGACCGGACUGAAGGCCGAACCGACAGUGGAUGGAUCGUCAUCAUCCUCUGGAAGUGUCUCUCCUCUCCGGGGACGGACCAACCCGUCCAUCAGGACUCUUAAACACACACCAGAACCGUUUGGUUCUGGUCAGGAUCCGAUCUGCUGGAUGAUCCUGAGAUUUGUGCUCUGAUUCCCGCUGCAGCACCAGAGUCGGCCACCAGAGGGCAGUGUUUGACCGAGUAUGGAAGAGGAAGAAAAUCAGAACCAACAGUCGAACUGUGAACGUUUCUAAAAUAACAUUUAAAGGGAUAAAUAUGUGAGUUAGGAUGAAAUAUAAAGUUUUAUGAAUAAACCUGAAGAUUAAACCUUUAAGCUUUUCUUUCAUGUAAAUGUAUUUAUUUUUAAUAGAUUUAUGUUUUUUACUGCUUUUAUCUUGAAAAUAUUACACUCAAAGGGGGGGGGGUCUCUUACAAUUACUUUUAUUUAUGUCUAUAUUUUUUUCAUUUUACAUUUUUGUGCAUUAAGCUGUUUAGUUUGGAGGAUUUUGGUCAUUUUAUUCCAUUUGUUUCUUUUUUCUGCAGUUUUCUUAAUAAAUCAGCUGCUCGUG